AUGAAGGUCCCCAACCAGCCAUGGGUGGAGAAAUACCGACCAAAGACCAUCGAAGACAUCGCACACCAGGAGGAGGUGGUGCACACACUCCGGAAGGCCAUCCAAGAUAAGCAUAUGCCACACCUGUUGCUCCAUGGGCCCCCUGGGACUGGCAAGACUUCCACUGCCCUGGCAGUGGGGCGAGAACUGUUUGGGCCUGAGCUGUUUCGAACACGGGUGCUGGAGCUCAACGCAAGCGAUGAACGUGGAAUCAAUGUUGUUCGUGACAAGAUUAAGUCGUUUGCAGCCACGGCAGUGGGCGAGCACACGUCGGCUGGCAGGGACGUCCCUAGGUUCAAGCUCCUCAUUCUGGAUGAAGCAGACUGCAUGACCAAGGAUGCCCAGAACGCCCUGCGACGCACGAUGGAGGCCUACUCCAAAGUCACCCGCUUCUGUUUCAUCUGCAACUAUGUCAGCCGCAUCAUCGAGCCAAUCGCCUCCCGCUGCAUGAAAUUCCGCUUCCGACCUUUGCAAUUGGAUGGUCUUGAGCGGCGCAUACGGGAGAUCUGUGGCAUGGAGGGCGUGGAGGUGAGCGAUGGCGCGAUGAGAACACUGGACAUGGUGGCGGGGGGUGAUAUGAGGAAGGCCGUCACUACCCUGCAGAGCGCUGUGAGGCUGAAAGGGACGCCUGUUGAGAGUGCAACUCUGUUGGACGUUGGAGGCGUCGUUCCCACUGACAUCGUGAUGGGCCUGCUGGGUCGCUGCCGGGAAGCUGGAUUCAGUGGCGUCGGGGAGGCUGUGGAAGCUAUCAUGUCCAAUGGCUAUGCCACACAGCAGGUCCUGUUGCAGCUGCAGAGGGCUGUGGUGGCCGACACCGCUUUGAGGGACGUACAGAAAGCACAAAUCUGCGAGACGAUGGCCAUUGCAGACAAGUGUCUUGCCGACGGCGCCGACGAGUUCUUGCAGCUCAUGAACGUCUCUAGUGCCAUGCAGGCCACAAUUACGGGCGGGAACUGA